AUGAAUCUUAAGCAUCAAUUACUACAAAAAAGAAAUCAGAGUUAUACUUUACAUACAUCAACAGAACAUUGGCCAAGCUAAAACAAAUUCUCUAUUUAGCUUCCAAGUAUUUUUUAAUCAUUAUUAAGAUAUUUAACAUAUUCGCAAAAGUUAGAGUUCAUUUCGUAUAAGUAGAAAAUCAUUAUUAAAUGAAAGAUCUGAAGAACAAAGAUCUCCAUUAAUGAUAUAUGACUCUUCAUUUGCAAGAUCUUCAAUUAGUACAACCUAAAAAUUAUUGGAAGAAACAGCUAUGAAAAAUAAACCUUUUAGACCAAGUGUUUUUCAUUCUCAUGAUGGACAUACUCCACUUGUACUUAAAUCUUAAUAAUUAAUUAUUGAACGAAUUCCAUAAACUGAAAGAUCAACAAAUACAAAAAUCAAACUACGCAAUAAUACUAAACUUUUAUGUCCACUUCUUAUUGGAUUUACUAAAAAACUUUUAAAUUUUACAAAAAUGAAACCACCUCAAAUACAUAAACACAACAGAUAUAAAACAUAAUGA